GCCCGUAAGUGACCUUGUUUGCGAAACUUCAAUAAAGCCACGAAUGAUUUAAUUCUGGAGAGAAACAUAUGAAUGUUGAAACUUUAAAAACUGUUUAUGAUGUGAACGUGUUGUGCAUGGAAUGGCAACUUUAGUUAGAGAGAAACGGCGCAACUCGGUGAAACGAAAAGAGAAAUCCAGGGAUGCAGCAAGAUGUCGUCGCGGCAAAGAGUCCGAGAUCUUCUACGAGAUCGCCGCACUGCUGCCGCUCCCAACGAAAACUGUGUCACAUCUUGACAAGGCCUCCCUUAUGCGUGUCACUAUCAGUUGGCUUAAGAUACAUCAGCUGAUCAACACUUUAAAACUGCCAUUAGUAAAGAAUGAGAUUUCUGAUCAGGAAUACUUAAAGGCUCUUGAUGGCUUCAUCCUGGUAGUAUCCCGUGAUGGCGAUAUCAUUUUUAUAUCCGAAAACGUCACACAAUUUCUUGGAUUGGCACAGAUGCAUCUCACCGGUCAGAGUGUCUAUGACUAUAGUCAUCCCUGUGACCACUCGGAGCUUACCCAGCAGUUCUCCAGCAAGAUGAGUCACAACCGGCGGCCUUGCUCAUUUCUGCUGCGCAUGAAGACCACGCUGACAAACAAGGGACGUAACGUCAACCUGAAGUCUGCCACGUGGAAGGUAAUUCAAUGCACGGGCAGUUUUGUGGUCGUUGAGGAGGAUGACAAGGAUGCGGCGGGCAUGUCGUCCUGUUUGGUCGUGGUGUGUCAGGGAAUCCCUCACCCCUCCAACAUUGAAUCACCACUCGACAGCAAGACGUUCAUCAGCCGCCACAGUAUGGACAUGAAGUUCACGUUCACAGACAGCAGAGUGUCGAAUUUACUUGGAUAUUGUGAUAGUGAUCUGAGCAACAAGUCGAUGUACGAGUUCCACCAUGCUAUGGACAGUGAACAUCUGACUCGCAGCUUCAGAAACUUGUUUGCAAAGGGUCAGACAACAACAGGCCAAUAUCGAUUCCUGGCAAAGAUGGGUGGCUAUUCGUGGGUACAGACACAGGCUACUAUCAUCUACAACCAGUGUACUCAGAAGCCACAAUGCGUCGUCUGUGUGAAUCACGUUUUGAGCGGAGUAGAAGAGAAGGAAACUAUAAUUGCCGUAGCGCAGCAGAAGGCUCAGCAAGAAGAUUUCCACCAGGUGCUGUUCAGCACAGACACAGUGUUUGCCCCGCUCACGAAGGAUGCCAACCAAGGCUUCCUAGCAUUAUCAGAUGAUGACAGUCUCACAGUUGUAAAGGAUGAACCUGAGGAUCUUACUCACUUGGCUCCAGAAGCUGGAGAUGUCUGUAUACCGCUGGCAUACCCACCAGGCAUGUUUGAUGGCAAGAUUAACCUUUAUGAUGACAUCCUGUUCCCAAGCAAGGGCUUUGAACCCAUGUUUCCGGAGAUGGUCAUGGACGAUGAUGGAUGUCAACGUGGCAACAAGAAAAGUGCCAGCAGCGUCAGUCGGCCUGACAGCCCAAGUAGUGAUUGCUCUGACUCACCCAAGUCAAUGUCUGAGCCGGACCAGUCCAGCCCCUUUGAUGUAGACAUGAUAGAUAAAUUAUGUGCAACAGAAAAUUGCUGGGAGACUGGGAUCAUGGCCGACAAAAUUGCUGACAAGGAGGGAGAGUUGGAAGACAUGGCGAUGAGUGCACCCCACAUUCCCAUGGGCGUAACUGAUGAUAUGUUUCUCCAUGGAUAUAGAAACCGCCACAACACGGACAAAUUCUCAACCAUUAGGCACUGGCCACAAAGGACGUUGUCAUCAUGCACUUCCUCAAAGUGUCGAUCUGUGGGAAGCUCACCCACCAAUGUUGGAGGCAGUUUAUCGCCACGGCAACCUGUUGUUCAGCUAAGCUCAAGUCUCACUAGGCUUCUACAAACAGGAAACUUAACACAGAACACUGCCAGGCGGAUCACAGACCAUCACUACGCAGGUAUAAAGCGCCCAAUAGCAAGUGAGCUAGGCCAAUCAAAGAGAACACGAGGCAACUCUGACGUCCAGCAAAUGAUACAUAAAGACCUAAAGUCUCUCAUAUGUAGCAAAGAACACCCCACCGCGUUCAACAGGCAUUUUCCUUCUGCUGCAGGCAACACUCCAAGUCUAGACAGCAGUGUGCUGAAACACCUGCUACUAAAUGGAGAGGAUAUCAAUCAUGGUUACAGCCGGGGACAGAAGCCAAGUAGUCGUGCCGGCAAACCUGGCCGUCCAGCGCCUGGGUUUCAGUCAUUAACGCGCCUCGACUGUGAAGUGAAUGCACCUGUUGCAUCGCACAGUGGACUCCUGGAUGGCCAGCGGCUUCUGACAGCCCUCGACGGGCAGGGAGAAUAGCCGGUCACCUGGUGCAUCGCGUAACGAUAUCACGCAUGACUUGACCGAGUGCAAGAGCAUUCUGGGAGCCCUUGGGGCCCUCUGCAAAGAGAGCAUGCAUCACAAAUGAUUGACCAGUUCAAUGCAUUGACAUCUGCGACGUGUCGUAUUGCCUCGGCCAAGGACGUGAUUGAACAGUGACUUCAAUUGGACAGGAUUGUUUGCUGUGACCGACUGGUCGUGGCCAUGGGCUACCAGGCAUAUAUAUAUAAGUGCAUAUGGUUACCAUUCCUACUACUAGUAUGUGGUAUAGGCUUAUGAUCAAGUCACUGGUUACUGUUACUGGUCACAGUCAGUAUGUUUGUAGAUAAGUGGGCUAGAGACAUUAGUUACAGAGGUAUACAGUCAUAAAUAAUUGAACACAAGGAGGCUUAGCACCUGUGUACUGUGGUGUGUACACUUGGCUGCGAUGUGGAAUAUUUCACAAGAUGGUGUACACGAAUUUCUGUUACAUCUGUUACGUAACAAUGUCUCAUGCAUAUGACAGGUCAGAAUUGAAUUUUUAUACAUCUGCUCUUCAUUGGCCCGGGAGAAUCAGCAGUCAGUGCUAGAUCAACAACAAACCAAAAUUGUGGCUACGCCUAAAGAGAUCUGGACUGCCCACCUCUAGCACAUAAUGUUAUGAGAAUUUUAUUCAAUAUGAGGGAAGGGUUGGUGACUGUAUAUAGAUGGAAAUGCUAGCUUGAAGCAGUAUUUAACCGAAGUCCAUCGUUUGAUUGAGAUUCAGAAGAUAGUUCUGUUUAAAAUCAUUUAGGACAUGUACAUUUUUCUAUUGCUGCAGUAAUAUUAGUCCGCGUCAACUUUGUUGUCUGGUUAAAGAUCACGUCGUUUCUUCUUGUUUUCGCUACCAGGUAAGUAGACUUUACUAGGUAACAAGUAUAGCCCUCUGCCCCCUAGUAUUAACACAUAAACAAAGUUAGCUUGGGUAAAACCUAAUAUUUUUAAGCAGCAGUUUAAAUAAUUCACACAAUGCUUAAAUAGAACAUUUUUCUGAUUCGAUCUGUGACAGGUGACAGGACCUGGUGUGGCAAUAGUGUAAGUAUUAUUGCAGUUAGCCAGAAGUUCUUGCUUUAUUUUAGAAGCAAAUGUGUAUCUCUUUGCCUGUAGUAUAUACAAUCAAUCCAUCCACAAAGUAAAGAGAAUAUUUUUAUAGUUAUAAA